AUGGAGUUCCCCAGCUGCCCAAUGCUUCUCUCCAGCUUUCUCAUGUCCAGUGUGGUAUACUGGAAUGCGUACUUUGUCGUCGAUUACCUCAUUUGGAAGUACGCACAAGAUGUCUACAACCGCCUGGAAGAAGACGAGCUUCGUAAGCUUUGCCCGCUGAUACUCAUGAUCCUUCGGGCAGCCUUUGGCCUUUUCUUUACCCUACCUUCGUGUGUCCUUGCAGUCGCGACAACACCGUGGGGCGUCAACCAGCCCCUGAACUCAUUUGGUCAACUCUGCGUGGUAUCGCAAGCUGCCGGGUGGGCCAACGAACUCUCCCUGAUUCGAUUCUAUUCUUUCGAACUCUUCGUCCAUCAUAUUAUCUGCCUCCUCGUGACGUCAAACAUCAUCUUAUCGCCAGCGGUGCACCAGAUUAAGCCUCUGUACAUCUACUUUGCGUCGCUGGUGGGAGAUGUCGGACCAGUCACCGUGAGCAUCCUCCGAUUGCUCGGUUACCGUUUAAAAUCAUCCAAGAACAUGUGGUGGAUUUCCUUUGUAUCAACCAUGAUCCUGAUCUUUUGUCGUAUCGGAUGCGCUUUUUACACUCUCGCCCAGGUACUGACAGAUCCUUAUAACCUCACCGACUGGGUAUGGGUUCUGUCGGUCCUGCUCUUCGGCACCUACUCGAUCUUCAAUGCGAUACGAAACUUGCAGCGCCUCGAGCUCAUAAAAGUCGAUCCCAAUCGUUACAGGGUCAAAUACUUCAACAAACUCGAUGUCCCCAUCGCAAACAUGUUUCUGGCACUUGCCUGCAGUGCUUCGUUACUGUCGACUUUGUUCCUGUACGGAAUCUACCUCGAUCGGCCCCUAAGGAUAGGGGAAACACACCUCAUCUCGUUGCAUGGACUUAUCGCAGUAGCCAUUGGACUAACUGGGGCUCUAUUGCUGAUAAUGACACGUACCGGAAACUGUCACCUCCAGGAUCCAUGGGGAACCUUGUACGUUCCAUUUGGGGUCUUGAUCACUGGUCAUUGGGCCAAGUUCAUCACUCGGUAUACCACCUUUGUCGACCGCGAUACACUCUUGGGAUCGAUGGGCAUCAGCGUCCCUCUUUUCUUCGCCUUCUCUCAAGUUGCUCAAUAUUACACAGUCAAGGACGCUGCGGUGGCAUCCAACGAGAAGCGCCCUGUAGAUGGUGGCUACAGCCGACUGCAUCUGGAGUCAGUCAUCGAACACAUCGCGAUAUUCUCCAUGUCGCUGGGCUUCUCUGCGUUUAAUGGCAUGUACCCAUCUGAAACGGCCCGCCUGGCCAUUUGCGCUUCUCUGAUAGUACAGCUCAGAAAUCCACGGGAAGACCCUCUGGCUUUUGUAAGUCCGCCCGAGACGAUACCUUCUUUGGCCUCUCUAGCCAAGGUUCCCGGCCCUAGGCUUGUCAUUGUUCUCAUUACGGCAUGGUACAUUGGAAAUAGGAGUGCCUCUAUGGAUGCUAUGCAGGCUCGCGUGGCUCUUGGAGUGGUUGUUUUGAUGGCUAUCUGCAUAUCAAAACCCUUGAUGGCAUCCAAGCCGUGCGAGGGAAUGUCGGCGCCUCGCAAGUCCAGGAGAUACCAUCCCAUCACGCUCCUCUAUGUCUUCUUUGGCACAUUGCAGGCUAUUUUGGUUUGGAAGUAUGCUACCUUUGAAGGGGGCACGACAGAGACUAGCCUUGGAUUCAAGAACUUCCGUUCUGUUUUGUCAGAUCCAUUCACUUGGGUGGGCCUUUUGCACAUGGCUUCACUGCCAAUUGUUGUUCUUAGGGGGGCCGAAUAG